UUGGAUUGUGGGUAUCUUGUGUUUCCUGAUAGACUGACGGAGUCGGUCAGCUGUUGCAGAAGAGUUUCGACAUAGUUUGAUAGCUGUCUGUGCUUAGCGUUACUGUUCAUUUCAUGCUGUACUUCAUCGGAGCCAAAUUCCCCGCGCGUGCCUUUUCCAUCCGUCUACUUCAUCGAGUGCAAUUCUGUAAAUCAAUCCGGUUCAUAACUACAUAUUUGUAAAAAAAAAAAAAAUAACAGACAGUAGCCUAACUUGUAGCCAACUUUCGGAAUGAGUUUGAACGAGCACUCCAUGCAGGCUCUGUCAUGGAGGAAACUGUACUUGAGUCGAGCCAAGUUAAAAGCCACCAGCCGCACUUCAGCUCUGUUGUCCGGAUUCGCGAUGGUUGCCAUGGUGGAGGUACAGCUGGAGCCCGAUCAUCCGUAUCCUCCAGGGCUGCUGAUAGCCUUCAGUGCCUGCACCACAGUUCUUGUUGCCGUACACCUCUUCGCCCUUAUGGUCAGCACCUGCAUCCUUCCAAAUCUCGAGGCGGUCAGCAAUGUUCACAACCUCAACUCCGUCAACGAGUCUCCCCACGAGCGCAUGCACCACCACAUAGAACUGGCCUGGGCUUUCUCCACGGUCAUCGGCACCCUCCUCUUCCUGACGGAGGUGAUGCUCUUGUGCUGGGUGAAGUUUUUACCCCUCAAAAACACAGACGACGACAAGAGCAUAAGUUCCGGUCAGGCCGCAGCCAUUGCCUCCACCUGCAUCAUGGUGCCAUUUGGACUCGUUUUUAUCAUCUUCGCCGUCCACUUUUACCGCACGCUCGUCAGUCACAAAACGGACCGGCAGAUCAAAGAGCUGGAACAGGUCAUUCAGCUCCAGAACCAGCUGGACCACAGGGGUGAGAAUGACGACCUGAAGACCGCCAUCCAUUUCCCUUGAUUAUAGCCGGCUAGCACACAACUGCAGCGGACAUUCAACAAUGCCUUUAUUGUGAAAUCUCUUAUAAAAGCUUUAUUUAUCAUGUUUAUGAACUGUGCUCCCAUGUCUUUUUGGGGGGAGAAUUGCAAGCUUGAUCUGUCGAGCUUUUUAGCGUCCACCUGUGGCCUUAUUACUGUCCCGUGGUGGAUUGCAUUGAUUUCUCCUGUUUGCCUGGCUUUAAAUUAGGCUUUGUAGGGCGCCUUACCAAGCCUUUCUUAGCAAUACAGAUGGACGACCCACUCUACCCACUGAGCCACAGCUGAUAACCUUGAAUAUGAAUUACUGAAAUAUCAAUUAUAUUAGAAUCACUGGCUAAAUACACUAAAACCAAAAUUAAGGAACAAGUUGCGUCCUUUUAAAACAUUUACACGGUCUCUGUGCUGGUGCCGUUUUUAUACACACGCUCAUACUCACCGGACUGAAGGGUUGCUUGUAGGAACUUCCAAAAAACAAAUGCAAUGUAUCAAACCUAUAGUAUUUUUGUGCAAUCUGAGGCGAAAUAUCACUUCCUAAAAAUAAACAAGGGAAUGCUUUUAACCAAAGUGUCUUACUGCAGUGCAAAUAGUUCUAUAGCAAGGGUUUAAUGACAACCAAAAUGAGUUAUUAAGGGCAGCAUUUUGAGCCUGAUGGCAAAGUCUGUGUACUCUUGUAAAAUCAAUCUCUGGUUAAAAAAAAGAGAAAUUUUCUCUUUCACGCUGAUUUUGUGAAUAUACUGUAAUCUGUACACUUGUUACUGGCUUUUUAAAAAGUACUGUUGAAUGUAUUAUCACAAAGCAUGCACGUGUUGGAAUUGUCGGGUUUGUAUGUUUUGUACUUGUCAUAGUUUACAAGCUUGAGCGUGUUGGCACGUUGUUUGGGUUACAGAUUGUCUAAGUGUGAAAUAUAGAAUGUGUUCUUUUUGUCCCGUGGCACAUUUCUAAAUAGCUUUACUUGGCUUUGACCAUUUUCGGUACUUUUCUUCAUCAUCUUUACUGCUAACUUGGUGACAGAAACUCAAAUAAGAAAAUGUCCACAUAUUUAGAGCUAAUUCAUUUUCAUCAGUUAUUCUCAUGUGACGGUGUCAUGACAUUUUCAUAAUAUAUCAUAUCCCAUAGUUGUAACAUACUGUAAUUAUAUCAUGGGAAUGCCAUGGUCAUGACACAUGCUCUGAGUCAUUGUUAUGUACAAGCUCCAAAAUUUGCAUUCGUAUGGUCCCGACCGGAUGAUAAUAUGUCUGUGACACGUAGCAGAGAACAAGGAGCCAUAAGGGGUUUGUGCCUGACAGACUGUUUAGUAAAAUGGUCGUUACGCCUCUGCAAAGCACUGUUGGUGGUGUUUCUUAAAGACUUUUCACAAGGAAUAAAAUGAAGACAUGGUUCAUUCAUGUGGACUGCACACACUCUGGAACACUUCUGAUAGUAAUUGCCUGACGCACCUUCUUUAGAAAAAGAUCAAUGCAAACGAAAGGCAUUUUUCUUUGGUUCAUUUUUUUGUGGUUUAUUUAUAGGUUUGUAUGUUACUGUAUAUGGAGAGGUCCCACUGCUUGUGUCAAUGCACAGCUUUAUAAUGUUUUAUUUUUUAGUAAAUACUGUGUUUUAAGUCUUGCAUUUGUGUGAUGUUUUACUAUAACCUGGACUUUUUGUGGUGGUUACCGGUUUGAGAAUAAAACGCAUCUGAGAUCA